CUGAGUUUAAAUUUCGGCAGGUACAAAAUUGUCAUGCAAAACUCCAGGACAGCGUGCCACUCUCAGUCUUCAAAGAGAACGAUAAGAAAACCUGGAUUUUCAAAGUCCCUUUGAAGGCUCAUAAGCCAUUGAUUAUUAUUCCUAAGGACAAUGAAGAUAAUUAUAUUUAUUUGCAUUUGGGCAGCAGCAUGGGCCAUUCCACUUCCUCAAACCAAACCAUUGGAGAGACACACUGUUGAAAAAUCUGUGAAUUUACAUCUUCUAGCAAAACAAAAAGUGCCAGUACAGAAUGAGUUAAGUGCCAAUGACACCACUAAAGAAAGUGGUGAAUCCCUUCAUGCAAAUGAGUUAGGAAGGCAACAGUACACCAAGGAUGGUUAUGAAGGAAAAGGGAAUGGUUCUGAGUGGAAAGAAGUAGGAGGGAAGAGUUCUACACAGUCUGUUUUAGCCAGCCAAGAGGGGAAUAUUGAGGAAGAAAAUGGAGUCACAGGAAAACCAGAAACAUAUGGUCAUGAUGCGAUUCAUGGAGAAGACGAUAACAGUACAGCAAAUGGCAUCAGGGGACAAGUAGGCAUCACCGACAAUGCUGAAGCAGGAAAUGAGAGUGAUAUUAAUGGCAGUGCUGAUCAGAAUACAACAAAUGAGGAUGACGGAGACACAAGCCAAAAUGAGGGUGUUACUGUUUUCCAAGAAAAUGGACCUCAAGUAGUUGGAAGCAAUAAUAAUACAGACCAUGACAAUAAAAUAAAUGGGAAUGAGGGUGAUACAAGUGCAGUAACACCCCAAAGAGAAGGUGAGGGAAAUGGGGAUAAGGAGGUUGAGGUAACACCAGGCAAUGAAGAAGAUGCUGGCUUGGAUAAUUCUGAUGGGAGUCCUAGUGGAGAUGGUACAGAUGAGGAUGAUGACAUGGGUUCUGGUGACAAUGAUGGUGGAGAACCAGGGAAUGGAAACAAGGGCAGUGAUAACAGCAAGGACCAUACGGGUCAGUCUCAUGGCAAAGGAGAUGACAGUAGCAUAGGUCAGAAUUCAACUAGUGGUGAAGAUGAUGACUCUGAAGACAAAGAGGAUUCCCAUAAUGGAACUGGUGGAGACAACACCUCCAAUAGUGAAGAAGACUCUGAUGGUAUUCCAGAAGGCAAUGGUAGCCAAGGAAUAGAGGACACCCAGAAACCCAGCCACAGAGAAAGCAAAGGUGUGGAAAAUGGAAUUACCAGACAACCAGAACAAAGUGCUAUUGGGAAGAGCCAACUUAAGGGAAUAGAAACCAACAGAACUAAUAUUACCAAAGAAGCUGGGAAAAUCAAUGAAAGUAAAGAUAGUAAAGGACAACAUGGAAUGAAUGUGAGCUCAGGAAAUGCCAAAACACAAGGAGAGGUUGACAACAUACAAGGACCUGGCCAGAAAUCAGAACCUGGAAAUAAAGCCAGGCACAGUAAAACAGGUAGUGGUAGCAAUAGUGAUGGAUAUGACAGUUAUGAUUUUGAUGAUGAAUCCAUGCAAGGAGACGACCCCAACAGCAGUGAUGAGUCUAAUGGAAGCGAGGAUGCUAAUUCAGAUGGCAACAAUGACAGCAGUAAUGGAGGAGACGCUUCUUAUAACUCUGAUGAAUCAAAUGAUAAUGCCAAUGGCAGUGACUCAAAUGGAGAAGACGAUGAUGAGGGCAGUGAUGGUGCAUCAGAUACUGAUGACAGUGACAGUCACGGUGAUGAUAGUAACAAUGAGAGUGAAGACAAUGAUGAAUCAGAAAGCAGUGAAGAUAAAUCAGAAAGCAAGGACAGUGGUGAAAGCAAAUCAGAGAGCAGUGACAACAGUGAUAGCAGUGACAGCAGUGAUAGUAGUGAUAGCAGUGACAGCAGUGACAGUAGUGACAGCAGUGACAGUAGUGAUAGUAGUGAUAGCAGUGACAGCAGUGAUAGCAGUGACAGUAGUGACAGCAGUGAUAGUAGUGACAGUAGUGACAGCAGUGAUAGUAGUGACAGCAGUGACAGUAGUGACAGCAGUGAUAGUAGUGACAGCAGCGACAGCAGUGACAGCAGUGAUAGUAGUGACAGCAGUGACAGUAGCGACAGCAGUGAUAGCAGUGAUAGCAGUGACAGCAGUGACAGCAGUGACAGUAGCGAUAGCAGUGAUAGUAGUGAUAGCAGUGACAGCAGUGAUAGCAGUGAUAGUAGUGACAGCAGCGAUAGCAGUGAUAGUAGUGAUAGUAGUGACAGCAGUGAUAGCAGUGAUAACAGUGACAGCAGUGAUAGUAGUGAUAGCAGUGACAGCAGCGAUAGCAGUGAUAGUAGUGACAGCAGCAAUAGCAGUGACAGCAGCGAUAGCAGCGACAGCAGUGAUAGUAGUGACAGUGACAGCAAAUCAGACAGCAGUGACAGCAGUGAUAGUGACAGCAAAUCAGAUAGUAGUGACAGCAGUGAUAGCAAAUCAAACAGUCAUAGUAGUGACAGUAGUAACAGCAGUGAUAGCAGUGACAGCAGUGACAGUAGUGAUAGCAGUGACAGCAGUGAUAGCAGUGACAGUAGUGACAGCAGUGAUAGUAGCGACAGCAGCGACAGCAGUGACAGCAGUGACAGCAGCGACAGCAGUGACAGCAGCGACAGCAGUGACAGCAGCGACAGCAGUGACAGCAGUGAUAGCAGUGACGGCAGUGAUAGUAGCGACAGCAGUGACAGCAGCAAUAGCAGUGACAGCAGUGACAGCAGCGAGAGCAGUGAUAGCAGUGACAGCAGUGAUAGCAGUGACAGCAGUGACAGUAGUGACAGCAGUGAUAGCAGUGACAGCAGUGACAGUAGUGACAGCAGUGAUAGUGACAGCAGUGACAGUGGAGAUAGCAAAUCUGACAGCAGUGAUGAGAGUGACAGCCAGAGCAAGUCUGGUAAUGGCAAUAAUGGAAGUGACAGUGACAGUGAGAGUGACAGUGAAGGCAGUGAUAGUAACCACUCAACCAGUGAUGAUUAGAACAAAGAAAAUCCAAUGAGUUUUUCUUUGUGUGUGAAAAUUUGAUAAUUAAUCAAUAGGAAAUAGAUUCCCAAUAAAAUAAAAUAGAUAAAUAAACAAUGCAUGUAAACAUCCAUAGAAACAACUAGGGGAAUCAAGUCAAAUUGUUGGAUUUGGAAUUCAGUCCCAAUUCCCUUAGAGAGAGAAUCUGAAUGUAUGACCUUGGGUACAUGCAUGUUAAAAGAUAUUCAUGUUCUGAAAAUAUUUUGUUAAAAGUGUAAAUGUAAACAUACAGGAAUAAUUAAAAUGUUCUUUAAUAUUUUACACAGACACCUCAAGCAAUCACUUAGACAUGAUAUCUUCAAUUAUAAUGCCAGCUGCUUUAGAGGAUGUAGUAAGUAAACUCUUCUUACACAUAAUCUGUGGCACUACCUUAAUCCUGUAGCAGUCAUGGAGAGUCUGCUUACUGUGGAGUAAAAAAAAAAAUGCUGUUCUGUGACAUCCUAUGCAAAUACUGAUUGAUUUGCUUGUUCUAUGGAAGAUAUACAUUUGCAACCUGAAGAAAAUAUCAUAGCAACUCUUUAAUCUUUCCAGGAUUUGGGAACAAACUUUCAAUUGUCUUCACAUCAGUCUCACCAAGUGAAACCUGGCUCACAUUUCCCUUUUAAAUGUCAACAUUCCAAAACUUCCAGACUAGACCCUGAGACUGCCUUUCCACUGUGAAUCUCUUUAAUAAAAGUUGCUGGUGGGCAAUAUUUUGGAAAACUUCUCUUUCUUAUUUGAGAGAGUCUCAUAUGCAGUUAAGACCUGAGCUUAGGUCAUUCAGCUUUUCCAAGUAUAAGGAUAAUUAGUUUUGAGAUGAAGCCCAAACCCUAGAAAACAAGGAUCAUAAAGAUGAAUGAAAAUAGAGAGUGAUCUUUAACAGGGUGGAGAUGUAAUUAUCAUCCAUACUUAGAGUACUUUUGAAAAUGAAAAGGGUGCUUUGAAUAAUUACAUGGGGACAGGAAGUGUAAAUUCGGAUUGUCCUAGGGAAACUAAAGAACACUAUGACUUGAGGGUAUUUUUCGAGAAUUGGUAAUGAUGCUUUGUAAUUUCUCUUUUUUCUCCACUUAGGCCAUUAUUUUAGAUUUGUUCUAAUUUAAAGGUAAAACUAUAUUGUGAAGUUAUGGUUGCAAUUUCUCUAACAGUAAUUUUUAAACCAGUCUUUAGUUGACAAUUUAUGUUCUAAUGUUAGGCACAUUUUACACAAACAGUUUCAGAGUGUUUCUUUUUCCUGCCUCAUUCCUCCUUUAUGCAAGAGUUUUUAAGAGUUAAAAAUUGUAAGGAAUAUUGCUAAAAGCUUAAAAAAUGCUGCUAUUUGUAAACUACUUUGUGACUCUUAAUAUUGUAAAAUGUCAGAUUUCUGUUAUAUCACAGCCAUGUAAUGACUCCAAACCUUUUACCUUAAAAUAUGCUCUAGGUUUUUCAUUCUGUUAAACUAUAGAAUUUUUUGUUUGCUUGUUUUGUUUUUAUUUGUAAAGUUCUGCUUCUAGUACCUGUCACACUUAUUUCAAAUGGUUGUCAUGAGCCCUAAAUCAACAAUGGAUGUGGAACUCUUUGUAAACUGUACAAGAUAUGUAAAUGAAAGAGAUAAUUUCAGUGUUAUAAUAAACAUCUAUUUAUUCAA